UACAUACCUACGUACAUACAUACAUACAUACAUACAUACAUACAUACAUACAUACAUACAUACAUACAUAUGCGUGUGCGUGUGUGUGUGUAUAUUUAUAUACAGAAAGAGAAAGAAAGGGGGGUGGGUGAGAAAGCAAACGUACGAAAGAGGGAGACCGAGAAAGGAAACGAAACGAAACGAGAAUCGGGUCUGGCACACACGAGGGUAGAAUACAGAAAUGGAAUAGCUCCUAGGAAAAGGGAAUCGAUCGGGUGGCCGAUAACUGCAGCAAUGGAGGACAUCAGACUAAGGAGUAGGAGGAAUAGGAGGUAGGACCGCGAGUGCGCUCGCUGAGGCCGAGGAAAGUCAGGGUGUCAGGGGUGGUUGAAGAGCGGUCACUGUUGCGCGCGCGUGGAGGAUGUCCUUGCUUUUUCGUCGUCUCGAUUUCGCCGCUUUCGGAAAUGCAAGAGAAGUGCAAGCUUUUCUUUGAAUACGAAGGCGAGAACGAUUCGGCGAUGGCUCGACAACAGCUCGAUCUUGACGAGCUCCUGAGGUCUUGCCUGGGUCCUGGUGUGGUUGCCUCGAGAUUUCCUUCGUGGUGCACGUGGAGUCACUGGGUUCCCGGAAGGAGUGCUGGGCCACGAAAGAUCAGAGCCCCCUGGAGAACUGGCUUGAAUGCUGAUGUCCGCUUUCGGCCUGAUCGGUGUAGUUUGAGUUUUCACUGAUCUCUGUCGAGUCUUGAAGUCUUCGUGUCAGUUCGAGACGGCGGCCGCUCUGUAGGCCGAGCUGACCAUGAUGACUUCCUCCGUCGAGGCAGGGUGUUGCCGUCGAGGCCCGUCGAGCGCACUCCGGUAGGAGGCCCAGUUGCCGAGCUCACUCGAGGGGAGCCAACAAGCACACUCCCGAAGAAAGGCCCAGCUAAUGAGCACACUUCGAAAGGGAGGGCCGGUAUUGUUCUUGACGAGCACACUCCGAGUAUUAUUGUGGUUUGAAUAAAUCUCAAAAAUGGCAUCAGGAUUAUCAAACGUCCAUCAAAAGAAGCUUGGACCAGCGCCGAUAGCAUCGUUCGAAGACUUAUCCGAAGAUGUGGAAAACGGAGAAUCAGCGGCGACAGCGGCGGCGGUAGCGACAGGGCGAAUGCCGGGUAUCAUCGAGGUCACCACGCCGGCAACCCCUGGUAGUUCGCUGAAGACGCCUAGUACGCCACGAAUUGAUAUCAGUAGGGCGAGCAGUUCAUCUCAUCAUGAAGACAGCAAUUCCCGAGAUUCAUCGCCCGAACGGGAACUGCUUGCAGGUAUGGAUCCUCCGUCUGGUUGUAAGCUGACAUUGGGCUACAAGGAGGAUGCUCAAGACCUCAGAUCUUCUACAGAGGAGCUGGAUCUACAGGAUCCCGUUCACGAGCAGGACCUUAAACGAGAAUCUAAAAGACGAAAACGGAAGGAUGCCGAUGGAUCCCAAUCGGAUUACAGCGGAAAAUUGGGACAAGAUCGCGAACGCAAGGAUAGUAAUUGUUCAGAGAUAUGCUUGCUCAACAUCAGCGGUAGAACUUCUAGGCUGUCAUCGGUUGGUAGCCAAGGUUCCGGCGUCUCCGGAAAGCUUUCGGUCAUGUCAGUGACUUCUUCCAGAUCUCCCAGUCCUCACAAGUGUCUGCUAGAGACGUCGUUUUGUGGAAGCAAGCCGACAUUGGCUGAUAAUUUGAUAGAGCCGUUGAAGCCAGAGACCGAUGAUCUCGAGAAAAUACUGCUGAAGCGGGAAGCUGAUACUACGAAAGCCUUGAUUCCCGAGAGUAUUAAAGUGCCUAUGGUAGGUGGCAACCUCAAGCCGGAUCCGUUAGACAAGCCUAGAAGACGCGGUCGUGAGGAGAGGAAGGAAAUUUUUAAACGGGAAGUGGAAAUUACUAAAAGAUUUCUGGAGAAAGUUAACAUAGAGGUACCAAUCAUCAAAAAAUUGAGUGAACAACAAGGAUCAAUACAGCAACAUUAUCAACAGCAACAACAGCAGCAAUACCAAUCAACAAAGAUCCAAAUUCAAGAGGUUCAGAAACCCGCGACACUCGAUUUCAACGACAAAAGGAAGAAACCUCAAAACUUUAAAGAGAUUGUGCAGACAACUCCUACGACGAGUAGCCUCACCGGAAGUCCCAAGUUACCGAGACAUCAAAAAGUUCGUGAUCUUGAAGGUUCACGUACGCCCAGUCCAUCAUCAGUCUCAAGAAAAAGUAGCUUUGCUUCAUUAUUCAAGGCUAGAACCGAAGGCAGCGUAUUAAGCCCGGAAUCACCAUCAUCUAGUUUAAAACCACGACGAAGUCUGACGUCCAAAAUAAAGGAUACUACAGAAAGCUUGAGGAGUCGUUCAAAGUCACGUGAAAGAGCCUCCGUUGACAAGAGUUUCCUAAAAAAGGAUUCAAAGACUAAGGGAAUGUUUUCAUCUACGUUGAGUUUGUUUAAAAAACGCGAGAGAAAAAAGAGUUACGAUGAGGCAAUUGCGGCCUCGUGCGACCUUGAAAUUGUCAGUGGGGAUGAACAUCCAUCUCUGGAAAGUAUUGGUCAUGUAGAAUUUACAUUUAAUACAGAAAAGGAAAGAAAUCGUCAGGAAGAUUUCAUCUUCAUUAGUUUGCAUGCUGAUGACAGAAACUAUGAGGAAGCAUUGCCAUCGGAGAGCGUCUCGAUACCGUUAGAAACACCGACAAAACUGCUGGACGAGUACGAAUCCGAAGGGCCACAUACGGGUAGCAUAAUCACAGAGGUGUCAAUCGAGCAUCAUCCGAUACCAUCGUCAUCAAUCGCUAAAAUUAAAGCUGAAGCACAAAUAGAGACUCAAAUUGCGUUAAGAGGUUUAGCCGACAUCAAAGAUAAUCAGCUUCCGCAAAGGGUGUCAAAAGAUUCGCAUGUAUUAAAAGGUCCGACAAGGGAUUCAAAGAUUAAUGCGCAAGAUAAUGAAAUAGUUGAAACGCCGACACCAGUCAAAUCAUCGAUUAUAGUAAAACCAGAUAUUAAAAUAGAAGUUAAGUCGUCAGACUUGCGAAUAUCAUCUAGUGGUUCAUCGAGAGAAUCUAGUAGCAAAAGAUCGGAUAUAACGAAGCCGAAAAGAAAAAGCAAAGAGAACCUGCAGCAACAGCAGCCAGAACUAUCAGAAAAAAUAAAUGAUGUCCAAGAAACUAAAAGACUCGAUCUUCUUGAUGACAAGAUCAGCAAGAUGGGACAAGAAAAUUUAGUAAAAACACCUAGUGUGAUAUCCGAUUUGGAUCAUAACAGUUCCGAAUCUGAAAGAGAUUCAGAGAUUGAGUUUAUUCGCAAUAAAGUUGAGAAACUGGCUGAAGAGCUGCCGGAUGAACGAAAAGGUCUCUUCUAUGAAGAGAGCUUUGAGGAAGAUCUUCCGUACAUACCGACAACUUUACCAUUGGAAAAGAGUGUCGCUGUACCUAUUCUGCCGGUUAAACAGCGACUUCAGGAAGUAAGAACGAUCCCCAUCGAGAGACCGCGCUCAACAACACCAAUAAACCCGACUCUGUUGGACGAAUUUGUAAUGCAGACAUCAUCGGAUGAGCGGCGCGUGGAGCGGAUGAAGAUUUCUCUACCGCGAGAGGAUAGCUUCAAACUCAAGAGCCCGCGUCGACAAUACGCCAGUACAGCAAAUACAUUCAUAGAGUUUGCGGGCAAGGUGCCGCCGGAUGGCAGUCGCAAAGGUGCUAGCCAAGGAAAAUCACCAAGUCCACCUCCACUGCCACCGAGAGUAUCAGCAGCAGCAGGGACAACAACACUAGCGACAACAGCAUCAGCAGCAGGAGCAGCAACAACAGCAGCAGCAGCGCGGCUAAGCAACUGGAUCAAUUUUGAAGAGAUACCUGAAAAGCGAAAGGCACCGAAACGGAUACAGACGAUACCGCGGCCAGAAGAUGAGAUCACAAAGACUAUCAGCGGUAGUUACAGCUAUGUGCAACCGGAAGAGUGCAAGUGCGAAUGUCACGAGGAGUCUAGGCGGGUGUCCAUGCGGGAGGCAGCGGCGGUGACAGUGGCGGCGACAGUGGCUAUCGCCGCCACUGUUACUACUGCUGCCACUGCCACUACCACUGCCACUGGCACCAACACCAGAACCUCCUCUUGUAGCAGCAAUGGCGAGCGAGCGUGCAAUGGCGAAAACUGUACAGCGACCACCGGCGGCGGUAAUUCGGUCGACCGCGCCAGUAUCGUCAGUGACAGCUCAUUGGAGUACUCGCUGAGCAUUGACGAUAGCCAGAGCACGCAGGUGCUUCUCGGCAAUUCGACGAAACCCUUUGCAAUGGAUCUCGACGUGCGUUCCAACAGGUCGAGUAUCAUAUCGCAGGAGGAAAAUGACGAAAAUCAGCAUCAAUAAUAUAAUAAUAAUAAUAAUAAUAAUAAUAAUAAUAAUAAUAAUAAUAAUAAUAAUAAUAAUUAUUAUUAUUAUUAUUAUUAUUAUUAUUAUUAUUAUUAUUGUUAUUAUUAUUAUACUCGUAUAGAGCGCACUUACGCCUUAGGAUCUUUGGAUUUUCCUUUUCUUUAAUUGGAAAGAUGAAUCCGAGUUCCUCCGAUAUACAAGUCAACUUGACUUGAUUCUAAAAGAAAAGUUCUUUUUUUACGAGAAAAAUUUCUAGAAAGAUCAAUUUGAAUAAAAUCAGAAUUGAUCUUACAUUUUUUGAUAGGUCAUAGCGGGAGCACGAUAAAACUUCCGAUAUUCGCUUGCAUCUUCGAAAUCGAAUUUCGUGAUGCCUUUCGUCUUGAACGCGAUUUACUUCUGUACGAUAUCACUGUACAUCAAUCAGAUCAUUUUUGCACCGCAUCGGAUUGACACACUUUUGCAUUAUAUUUUUGUGAUAUUGCAUUGUUACAUAUUGCUUCGUUUCUUUUUCUUGUAGUCGAUUUAGUUGAAGAAAAGUGUUUGUUAUUCCGAUUUUCUAAUCGAAGAGCUUAUUUCUUUAUACUAUCUCGAGUCCGAUAUAUGUAAGAAAAAGAAAUGGAGUGUUACGUGUUGUACAACAAAUUUCUUUUCAAGUAUAAAUUUCGUAGUCUUUGGACGACAAAAUCGCGGUUAAACAACUUCCUCUUAUUUUACGAGUUUAAGAGUUUAUCACACACAUACUUUAUCAGAAGCAGAGACCUAGAAGCACCCGAGGAUGGUGGUUCGCUAAUGUUUCUACUAAUUUUUACCAUUAUACAUUAGUCAAAAGUUUUCGCUCGACAAGAGGGACUCGCCGCGAAAUUUGUCGAUAAAACAUUCGGGCGUUGCUCGUAUUUUGCGCUCUCUUCUUGAAAGUUCUGGAAGGAAAAUUGUAAAAGUUGUAGAAUAUACAUAUUAUUUUAUCAACUAUUACGUACUUGCACGGACAUUAAAGUGAGAACUCGCAAUGUUCGAGCGAGCUUUCGAAGCUUUAUAUUAUAUAGAUAAGCAUAAAUUUAUAGACAUGUAUAUUUCCGUGGACACGUUAAUCUUGUACCGACGUUAAGAAGUUUAUUCAAUGUUGAGCCGGAGAAACCGGUAUUAAACGAUCAUUUACUGAUCGAUUGUUUUUCAAACUUGUACAAUAGCAUUUACAGUUAGACAAUUUUACGGUGACCGUAACGUAAUAUAAUAGCAUUGAACAUUUUAUUGUAAACAUAAUAUUUCUCUUAUUAUCACAGUAAAAUCGCAGACGAUCACUGUAAUGGUCUUUCAUACACAGCGACGGGUUCGCGGACGGCCACUAUAGUGCCGUCAUGUAUAGUUUCGGAGCGAAAGGGUUAAAUAGCACUUAUAUGGAUUUUUUCAACUAUCGCUGUAUUUUAUAGAGUGCUCCUCAUUACGCCAGCGACUUUUCUACUCGCCAUGAUCUCUUUUUGCAUCUUCGUUUUUAGAUUUGGCCUGACGAGCCAUCAUUUACGCGAACGUGCUAAUUUCGAAGUGCGUGAUUCUUUAUUAUUCUCCCUUGAUCGGAAACUUUAGGGAGUUGAGACAAAAUGCACUUAUUAAUCGUACGCAUUUUAUAAGUCAAGCUCUUGUACGAUAGAGAAAGAGAAAGAGAGAGAGAGAGAGAGAGAGAGAGAGAGAGAGAGAGAGAGAGAGAGAGAGAAUGAGAGAGAAUGAGAGAGAAUUCUAUAUCUACCUCUUCAAAAAAAAAAAAAAGAAAAACAAAAAAUGUACCAAGGCUAACUUAAUGUCUGUGGAGGAUUAAUUGUUUUAUCUGCGUUUAAAAAAUCAGCUCGAUAACGCGAUUAAUAACGAUUUGAUCUCUUUUCUUGCGACAAGUUUUAUUGUUUUGAUGAAGAAUAAAAAAAAAGCGUACGCGUAGUAUAAAAAAUUUGUCAAA